UCGUUGCCAACAAGACUGUUCAGCCCUGCGAGGCACAGCGCUCAGCACUCCUGCAGAAGCAACAACCAGGACUUGUUGCAAGUAACAGGUUAGCGAAGUACCAUUAAAUUUCAGGCAAGAUUCUGGAAACUUGAGUCAGCUGUGAUAUAGGUCCCCCACAGGGGGAAACUAAAGGCUCUCCUGAAAGUCCCUAUGUGGGAGACUGACUCCUCACAGACACCAGCUAAGAUUUCUCCACCUGUCCGGUUUUCAAAGCAAUGCUGCUCAGCACCCAGAGCUGUGGGUCGUGUCUCACUUCAGACACUUACCUGGCCAAACUCCUGGAGGGAGUCAGCAGCCUCCGGUCCCAGAACGCACUCUGUGACGUCACGCUGGAGGCAGAUGGAGUUCGCUUUCCAGCGCACAAGAUCAUUUUGGCUUCAGUCAGCAAUUACUGCAAGAUCUUGUUUGUUGGAAAUGCAGCAAGAGUCGGGAACACAGAUGCGAACAUCCAGCUGAAAGCCAUCAGUGCCAGGGGGCUCAGGAACGUUCUCAAUUUCAUUUACUCCAACACGCUGGAUCUCUCGCUACAGAACAUUGAAGAGACGUUCAAGGCAGCAGAAGCCCUGCUUAUCCGGGAAGUGAUCAAACUGUGCUUCCGGUUUCUGGAAGACUGCCUGAAUCACAAGAACUGCUUGGAUGUUCUCAAUAUUGCUAAGAGGCUUGGACCAGAAGAGUUGAGGCAGAAAGCCACACGCUACAUAGGGAAGCACUACAAGCAGAUACUGGCUGAUCCUCGACAUGUGAAAGAGCUGGACAGAGUGACCCUAUGUGAAAUCUUAGACAAGACAGACAUGGAGGGGUGCACUGAGCUGGAGCUAUUCAAUGCCGCCAUAUGCUGGUUGCAGCAUGACAAUGCAAGGAUGAAAGGAGCAGCAGAUAUUUUAAGGAGAAUCCGACUGCCUCUCAUUCCUCUGCGGGAUCUACAGAGAUAUGUACAAGGGAUGCCCAUUAUGAGGACGAAUUCCGACUGCCACAAGUACCUCCAGCAGGCUGUGUGCUACCACUCCCAGCUCUACGCCCAGCCAGUCCUGCAGACCCAGCACACGAACAUCCGCUCCAGUGCCACUAGCCUGCUUGUGGUUGGGGGCAGAACCCUCGACAACAGCGUGCGCAGUGACAUGUGGGCUGCAGACGCAAGCUUCAGCACAUGGCAAAAGAUCGGGGAACUCUGCACACCUGUAUACAACCACUGUGUAGCUGUAAUCGGUAAUUUCCUCUUUGUCAUCGGGGGCCAGUACAGAUUCGAUCCGACAGGCAAACAUCCUUCAAAUGAGGUGUUCCGGUUUGAUCCCCGUAAUGCUUCGUGGCUGCAGGUGGCCGGCAUGUUAGAGAGGCGGACGCGCUUCCACGUAGACGUGAUGUCUGAUCACAUCCUGGCCGUGGGUGGCGGGACACUACUGGGGAACCUCACCAACACGAUGGAAUCCUACCAGCCUGCUGAGAACAAGUGGCAGUUUAUGGCUCCCUGCCCAAUGCCAGUGGCUGAUCACGCAGGCACCACACACAAAGGAAUCCUCUACAUCUCAGGGGGAUUUUCUGGUGGUAAAGCCUUGCGAGAUGCACGCAGCUACCUCCCUCGCCUGCAACGCUGGGUGGGUAACCGGGCUAUGACCUUUGCCCGAUGCGAACAUGGAAUGGCCACAGUCAAAGACAGAAUCUUCUGUAUUGGAGGAAGGACUCUAAAUGCUGCAGAGGAAUGGAUCCAUGUCAACGAGACUGAGUGUUACUGUCCAGGCACUGACCAGUGGACCACACUAACUCUGUCACGUUUCGACUGCUGCCAGUUCAGCAUCACUGUACACCAAUCUAGACUCUACAUCACAGGGGGAGGAUCAUUGCGACACAUGAGUAAAGAGGAUGGCAUUUUUGUGUAUGAGCCUGAGGGAAGGAUCUGGAAGAAAGCUGGCUCUCUGCCUAACCCUUUGGUUGACCAUGCUUCCUGCAUGAUUACACUGUCACAUGAGACUAUAGCCAACCAGCAGGAGAGAGGAGAAGAGUGCUCACCCAGCUGCAGGAGGAAAAAAUCCACUCUCAAUUUGUUCAUCACUAACAAACAAGAGCCACAAUCAGUGUCUUAAUGGGAGCGGGAAGUGGAUGCGCAAGGUAGCUGCUCCAUGGAAACCCACUCAGUAUUGUAACAGUUCUGCUCUGUUCUCUGGCCAAAUACCAUAACCUGGAAUUUUGGAGCAGUGCCUUCUUGGAUUAACCUUAAUAUGUCCCUGUGCGCUGCUAGAGUGGCAGGGAGAGCAGAACAAGCAGGGAAGAGAAUCAGUCCCCCACUACCAGUGCACUGGCCUGAACCCCGGGCUUCUUUUAAAAAUAAAAAAAACUACUGACA